AUGGAGGCAAAGCUAAGAAGGUUGCCAAUGGAGCAGCGAGGUUAUGGGCCCAGGGCCGAACUUUUUGAUCCUGAUAUUUGUGAAGGUACAGUGACUUCUGCAGCGAUCUCCAAAGAUGGCUGUCAUAUCGCACUCGGCUUCGGCAAUGGUGGCAUUGAAGUUGUUGACAUUGAUCAGCAGCAUUCCAUCACCCGAUUCCAAUGUGACUCGUGUAGUCCCCCAGUGUGGAUCGAGUUUAUCUCCGCCCCUGAAGCUUGGUACGCUCCCCAGCGGGCAUUAUCCCCCUGUCACUGUGGCAGCGGAUAAUGGAUCAUUCAUCGUUCGACUCCCACGGCAUCUUGAUCUCAACUGGUAUGAAACACGAUAUGUUGUCGCUUGUGAUCAGAACCAGGCUUUCAUUUGGUCGACAACGUCACGCCAGUUCAUUAUUAGUCGUCACCUAUUGGAUUUCGGAGCUUUUGUUACAGGUGUAACACCAUACCG